UUUUCAUACGUCAGUCCUUUUGCGUGCGUGUGUUUUUGAAAGAAACAAUGGCGGCCAUGAGGAGCGGAUGAUGGGCGGCCAACUUCAACCACAUUCCUUUGCCAUCUCGAUCACCCUCGAGUGUCACUCUAGCUAUUCCAGAUCCAGAUAGAUAGCCUGACCCCUUAGUUAGAACCAUGAUGAAAGUAGCCAUUGCCGCCCUGUUGGCCCUUCAAGGUGCCACUGCCUUUGCACCUGUGUACCAAAGCAGACCCACCACUGCUCUCAAUGGACGUUCCGGUGCUGCCAGCUCCAAGGAGGAGGAUUUGAUGCUCACUUUGAAGGUGAUUAUGGAUCACGCUGAGCGCUCCACCACUGCUUCCAAGGACCAGUUCAUUAGCCAAAUGGAGGAAGCUGCCAAGGUUGUGGAAGAAGAACCGGAGCCAGUCGAUAUCUCUGUCCCUUAUGAUGCUGCUGCCGUGCUCGCCUACGAAGCAGCAGGAAGUCCCGGUGAUUUUGCUGCCUUCAAGACCCAGUUCGAGGACGAUGCUGUCGCUGAUGUUAUUGCCAAGAAUGCGCCACCUGUGGACAUUAGUGUUCCUUACGAUGCUGCCGCCAAGAAUGCUUACGAAGCAGCCGGCAGUUCCGGUGAUUAUGCUGCUUUCAAGGAGAAAUUUGAAGCAGAUGCUGUAGCUGAUGUCAUUGCCAAGAAUGCCCCACCCGCUGAGGAGGAACCUGAACCAGAGCCAGUUGUGGACAUUAGUGUCCCUUAUGAUGCUGCCGCCAAGCUUGCCUACGAUGCAGCGGGAGGAUCUGGUGAUUUUGCUGCCUUCAAGGAGAAAUUUGAGGCAGAUGCUGUCGCUGAUGUUGUGGCCAAGCAAAAGAAGCCAGAAGCUGUAUCUGCAUAAAAAAAUUCAUUCUAGCACAACGGGGAGAUACUAGAAACCAACAUGCUGUAGCAGGUGCUUUCGCAUGACACUUGCUGUCAAUCUUAAAAUUGGCAGUACCGGUAUCUCCAGCCAUCAAGCAAAAUCAAGAGUACAUUGACCAUCGUGUCACCUCACACACCCCACGAUUACUUGUAUCCACACAUGUAGCGCACUAAAUUCAAACGAAAGGAGUCAAAACUCGACAACCCAAUUGGCUAUUAUGUAUGUUUGCUCGUUUUAGUAUACUCAUCGUUCCUGUAGCUUUCAAGUUUUCUUUCUAUCGCCUUAGUUUCUCA